UCAGAGUCAGAGCGUCCACUGCAGGGUUUCUGAUUAAAGCGCUUGUUGGAGAGAUGACAGAAGUUUCUCUGGGUUCCUCCGAAGUCCUACCUGAGUCCUGAGGUUCAGCGUCUGUCUGUUUGUCCGAGACACCACGUGACCCCGGUCCAGUGCACGUGAAGUCCAGCAGGUAACAGUCGUGAUGUCUACUACAUCUCAGAAGCACCGGGACUUUGUCGGUGAACCGAUGGGUGACAAACCAGUGAUGGCUUUGUCGGGAAUUGGCGAAACUCUGGGCAGGAGGCUGGAGGAGCAAGGCUUUGAUAAGGCCUACGUGGUUCUGGGUCAGUUCCUGUUGCUGAAGAAGGACCCUGAGAUGUUCACUGAUUGGCUGAAAGACGCCAGCGGAGCCAACACUCGCCAGGCUGCCUCCUGCUCUCAGUGCCUGAAGGAGUGGUGCGACGCCUUCCUGUGAAGCCCCGCCCCCUCACAUCAGACCGCCACGUUCCUGCUCAGUGUUCCUGCCUCUGGUUCUGGUUCUGCUGCUCAUGUUGGCCAGGCCCAGCUCUUCUUUUUUAUAGGCUUUGUCCAAAUGUUUACAAGAAUUAAAACUUUCCACCACAUGUUGGACUGUUUAAACUUUGGGUUCACAGUGCUUUGCACAAAGGCACUAACGUAGAACAUCAUCAGAUAUAGGGACACGAUUAUCAGUAAAAUAAACUUUAUUACAAAUAUGU